GCUGACGCAACAAAUUAAUUCAAUGGAAGCUAUUAGAUCAGGCCAAAGUCACCAUAACUUAGCUUGGAGACGCUGCAGAACCGGCUUUUCGUCAUAAUAUAACGGACCCGGCGUCGCGCAGUUAAACGAAUCUUUCUAAAAUCUGGUCUCUGGCUUGGUGUGAGAGGCAACACAUCAUCCAACAACAGCCAUCAUGUCCAAACAAUACCUGACCGUCCACACAAUCGACAAUGCCCAUCAAUCGCAGAUCUUUGCGCUCGCCACAACGCCAAACGGCGUCUUCUCGGCAUCCGGCGGCGAGGCGAUAAAGUUCCACAGCGCCGCCACCGAUGCGACCGGCGCCUCAUCAUUCUCCUCUUCCGAUAUCCCCAAAGCCCACCGCAGCGGUUGCCACCACCUCGCGGCGGGUGCCGGCGGGCCAGGCAAGGUGCUCGCGUCGGCCGGGUUCGGGCACGAGGUUAAGGUCUGGGUGCAGCAGGAAGGCUCGGGGGAGUGGAAGGAGCAUGGCACGGUGAGCCCGUGGGGCUCGGGACCGUCUGCCGCAAAGGUGUGGGCCGUCGCGCUCAAUAGCGACGAGCAGUUCCUCGCCUGCUCGUCCGAGGCCGGCAAGGUCGCCGUCUGGGACAUACCGGCCGGUAGGGCGGUGCAUCUGUACGAGACCGCGUCGGAGGGCCAAGGAAGCUUUGGUAUGAGUGUGGACAUAAGUCCAGACGGCAGGUUGACGGCCAGUGGGCACCAGAACGGCACGGUCUAUGUCUUCAACAAUGACUCGGGACGAUUGGUCUAUUCGUUGACUGGUCUCUCAAAACCCAUCCGAUCCGUCAAGUUCUCCCCCGGCGGCACACGACUGGCUACCGCAGGUGACGCCGGCAUCAUCGCCAUCUACGACACCCAGAACGGCGAGCACGUUAGCAACCUCUCGCCAUCCGGUCCCUCGGGCCCCUGGAUCAUGUCGCUCGACUGGAGCCACACGGGCGAGUACCUCCUUUCGGGCUCCUUCGACGGCCGCGUGCGCGUCUGGUCCAUCGAGGCCGCCACCUGCGUCGCUACCCACUCAGAGAGCGACGAGACCAUCUGGGCCGUCAAGUGGCUGCCCAAGCCGGCGGGCAACCCUAGGGCCGCAGAGAGUUUCUGCGCCGCGGGCGCGCGGGGCAGCAUCACGUUCUACCGGGAGGCUAGUGGAAGCUAGAUGUAUGGCUUUGUUGAGCCUUUUGUCCUGGGGGAAUGACCAGACAUCUGGCACGGCGGAAAGGUCAUAUUUUUGGUUUCAAGAAGGAACAGUUGCUCCGCUUGGUGACUCGAGCUGCGUUGAAACCGUCUAGAAACACUCUGUCAACGAUACCCGUCACUAAAUUCAUGCGACAGCAUUACAAGUACACAGGCUGCUAACCUACCUAAUGUACAUGAAGAGGAUGCGAGAUGCAUGUUUUGCCCAGAACCACUGAAGCAUUGUUGGCCAUGGUUAAAGCGUCUUUCAUUUUAGCUGUGAUGGUAGGACUAUACAUUGCCCGCUUCACACGCACAUACAUAAGGUAGUGAUACAAAAAGUCGGCGCAUCCAUGUUAGUGGCAAUCAAAGUCGCCUCAUUAUUGUUCUCUUAUUAUUAACUCAAGAACUUUUCCUCCUGACCAUUUCCCAACCAGCCACAGGAUCCCAGCCCAAGAUCAUCCAUUUAUCUGUUUUACAUUGUUACAAAAAAAAAAAAAAAGCUUCGACACGAAAAAGCCAGAUGAGAGAAGGUCUGCGGAAUGUGUCCACUCCAUUUCCAAUGCUCUGCCGCAAUGAUACCAUGACAUGCAGACACUAGACACGAGAAAGAUGUGAGGUACUGGAAGAAGGGACACAAAAAGGGAUGCAGAAAGGUCGGGUGUGAAGGUAAACAGGAAGAAAGAUAAGAAGGCACGCUUCGGAGAGGAAAAGAAAGAGGUACGUGUUAGACGGCACCCAACCCUACCAAUAAGGAGGUUCGGGAGAAGUAGGAACAAACGACACAUCAUCCUAAGAUUCGUCGGUGUUGCGUUGCUGAUGGUGCUGACCGCCGUUACCUCCCCUGCCGCGACCGCGGCCACGGCCACGACCGUCUCCACGGAAGCCGCGGUUGCCACGGUAGUUGCCCCGUCCGCGCCAGUUGCCUCCCUCUCGGUCUCCACGGCCACGGUUACGUCCCUGGACAGACUGGAAACCAUCGUUAGGGUCGGCGGGAACGGCAGGAGCCUGAGUACAAGUCGGUAGGUUAGUAAAGUCCAUUCUGUACAUGGAUUUCGAGUGUCACAAAUAGGUACCUCUGCAGCGUGGUCGGCAGCAUCAUCAGCCCAUGACUGAGUGUUGGCGGGAGCGGCAGGUGUGGCAUUGAGACCGUUGUCAGUCUCGGCAGGCUCUCGCGGAACCUCAACCCACUCCUGGGAGGCAGACAUGCUGGCAUUGCCAGCAUCCCACUGCGAAUCGGCAGCAGCGUUGGCAGCGCCCUCUCCCACAUCAGCGUUUGCAGGAGCGCCUGUGUUGGCACUCUCAGCGGAAGCCUCGGCAGAGUGGCCGUUGGUGAUGGCAAUAUCCGCACCAGCGUCA